CUGACGGCGGCGCAACUGUCUGUCCUGUGGAGUUCUGCUCCCACGGAGGAGGAGGUCGUCUCCCUGAACCCGCACGGGGCCGUCCGGCCAGAUGUGGCCAGCUGUAAGGAGGAGUUCUUCGAGCUGGUGGCCACCGCCCAGGCCCGGCGGCUGGACGACCAGCGGGCGCGUUUGGGCCGCUCCCCCCCCCCGAAGCCCCGCGCCCGCAGCCUCCGGGGCAGCCUCAGGCAGCUGUCGCUGGCCCGGAGGACCCCCGCCCCGGUGGCACCCCCCGCCCCCAAAGAGGACCUGCUGACGGGCGGUUGA